GACCAUGCAACAAACUAAUUCAUCAAUCAUAAAAAUGGCAAGCAAAAUGUUCAAACCAUUCUCAAGCAUCAUGUGUAUAUUCUAUAUUGUCAUUUACAUGUUGUUUUCCUCUGCAUUAGUCAGAGCUGAUAACUUAGAAACUUUCAUUGUCCACUUGAGUUUGCCGGAGGGCCGGGUUUUCGUCGAUCCCGAUGAACAAAAGAGCUGGUACGGCUCUUUCUUGCCGACAACUGCGACGGCCGCCGGAGAUGUCUCGAGUCGAUUGGUUCAUUCUUACCGCAAUGUGGCCACCGGUUUUGCGGCUAAGCUUUCGCCAGAAGAAGUGAAGGAAAUGGAGAAGAAGGACGGAUUCAUCUUCGCGAGGCCGCAGAAGAAGUUGGCUUUGCACACAACCCACACUCCUAAUUUCUUGGGCCUCCACCAGAAUUUGGGAGUGUGGCGGGGCUCGCACUACGGCGAAGGCGUCAUCGUCGGACUCCUCGACACCGGUAUUGCUCCGGGACAUCCUUCGUUCGACGACGAAGGUAUGCCGCCUCCGCCCGCCAAGUGGAAGGGGAAGUGCGAGUUCAACGGCACGUCGUGCAACAAUAAGCUCAUCGGUGCGAGAAACUUCGUCGGCGGGUCGACUGGGCCGCCGGUCGACGAUGAAGGUCACGGCACUCACACUGCCAGCACGGCCGCCGGGAACUUCGUCCCGAGCGCCAAUGUGUUUGGCAUGGCUAACGGUACGGCAGUCGGCAUGGCGCCACGUGCCCAUAUCGCAAUGUACAAAGUUUGCUCCGAGGAUGGUUGUUCCGAUGCCGACAUAUUGGCGGCGAUGGAUGCCGCCGUUGAGGAUGGGGUGGACGUGCUUUCCCUCUCUCUAGGCGGCGGCUCGGUCGAUUUCUUCAACGAUGGUAUUGCUAUAGGUGCAUUUGCAGCUAUUCAGAAGGGCAUUUUCGUGAGCUGUUCGGCCGGCAAUUCCGGGCCAUUCAAUGCGUCGUUGUCCAACGAGGCGCCCUGGAUCCUUACGGUUGGCGCUAGCACUAUCGAUAGAAAGAUAGUAGCUGCUGCAGUACUAGGAAACAAGGAUUUUUAUACCGGCGAGUCGCUUUUCCAGCCGAGUGACUUCCCAUAUGAAUACAUGCCGUUGAUCGAUGCCGGUGCCGGUGGUAAUGUAACUGCGGGACUUUGCGGGCCCGGCUCGUUGGACAACAUUGAUGUCAAAGGGAAAAUAGUACUUUGCCAAAGAGGAGGCGGGAUAGCACGAAUCGCAAAGGGGCAAACGGUGAAAGAUGCCGGUGGUGCCGCCAUGAUUCUGACAAACGACGAGCCGAACGCCUACGACACAAUAGCCGAUUCUCAUGUACUCCCGGCCACCCAUGUGAGUUACGAUGCCGGAGUAAAGAUCAGAGCAUAUAUCAAUUCCACAUCAACUCCUUGGGCAGCCAUUUAUUUUGAAGGCACGGUUAUUGGAUCCCCAUCGGCUCCAACGGUGGCAUCGUUCUCGUCGAGGGGGCCGAGUUUGGCGAGUCCAGGAAUACUGAAACCCGACAUCAUCGGCCCUGGUGUCAGCAUUUUAGCUGCAUGGCCGGUGUCGGUCGAAAACAAGACGAACGACAAGGCGACAUUUAACAUGAUUUCGGGCACAUCAAUGUCGUGCCCGCACCUCGGCGGCAUUGCAGCACUGCUCAAAAGCGCUCACCCUGAUUGGUCGCCUGCUGCCAUCAAGUCCGCCAUUAUGACCACCGCCGGUCAGCUUGACUUAGAGGGUGGGCCCAUUGAGGACGAGAGACACUUGCCUGCCGACAUAUUUGCCCUCGGAGCAGGGCACGUUAAUCCGUCGAGUGCUAAUGAUCCGGGGCUCGUUUACGACCUACAACCCGAAGAUUACAUCCCUUACUUGUGCGGCUUAGGCUACACGGACCAGGAAAUCCAGGUCAUCGUGGGGCAACACGUUUCUUGCUCGAAUACAACGAGCAUACCCGAAGCGCAACUGAAUUACCCUUCGUUCUCCGUCGAACUCGGGCCGGCAACGAAAACGUACACAAGGACGGUGACGAACGUCGGCGAGGCAAACUCGACUUACGCGGUCGAAAUCAAGACUCAGGGUGUACAUGUAGAAGUGACACCUACUACUCUUUCAUUCACCGAAGUGAACCAAAAGAUGACAUAUCAAAUAAGCUUUAGCAAAUCUACCACCCCUGUCAACGGGAGUUACGCGCAAGGAGCUAUCGUGUGGCGUUCGGCCAAACACGCCGUUCGAAGUCCCAUUUCCGCCAAGCUGGUUUAAAUUUAGUAACUGCAUUAAG